AUGGCCAGUCAUGCAAUGGCUUCCACCUCCACGGCCACUCAAAAAUUCCCAAAUAUUCACCAUCAAGCUGUUCAACACCCAUUUAUGCUCCCAGUUCUCAAUGUCCCCGAUGAUCCAAACUACAGAAGACCAGCUCCCAUUAAUCUCACGCAAGAUUUGGUCACCCGCUUCGGUCUCUUUGAUGCCUUUCAGCGACAAGUAGUCGGCCAUCACAAGCACCAGCAACAGCAGCAACAGCAGCAGGCCUCUCUGUUGCAGCAAACACGACCGGGCUCCUCUGCACACCCGUCGUCUGGUCACCCGGGCCCAACGGCGAGCGGCUCGGGCGUUACUGGCACCACGGCCCCGGACGAUACCAUAGGAGCAGCCAAGAAGGAAAAGAAGAGGGAAAAGGAUCUCUACAAGACUCUUUUCAACAACUUGCCUGGAAAACAGGAUACAAAGCGCGACCGUUACCUGUCUGAACUCACCUUGCAGCCGCCAAAAGAGGGCAGGAUCAUGCUCCUGGACGAUGCGUUGGCGGAAGCAGCAUUCACCAUCUUUGACAUUCCUCAGCCUGUGAACGAGGAAGAGGAGAACAAGAAGCGAAAGAAAAAGCGAAAGAGGGAGCAAGAGCAACAGGCAGCCGCGUCGAUUGCCCCAACGCCGGCGCAUCUACCCACUCCUGGCGGACCGCCACCCUUGAAGCAGUCCAUCAGUGUCAAACAAGAAGUUGAUCCUUCCCUUUCUCAGCGACCAAUGAAACGACCACGUCAGGUGAGCCACACACUCGCCUCCCCCGCCGCGCCCCUACUUUCGGGUAUGCCAUGUGUUAGUGCGGCGAUUGACAACCGUUCGUCGGGUUUCCCAUUCCGUCAGGAUAACUACCCUAUGCCACUACAACAACCGACUCCCAAAGCAUGA